GGCCGCGCUUCCGGGCGGUGGCGGCGGUUCCGGUGCCGGUGAGGAGAUGGCGGCGGGCGGCGGCGACCCGCGGGCGGCGGACGUGGAGGAGGACGCCUCGCAGCUCGUCUUCCCCAAAGAAUUUGAAACUGCGGAAACUCUUCUGAAUUCAGAAGUACAUAUGCUUCUUGAGCAUCGUAAGCAGCAGAACGAGAGUGCAGAAGAUGAGCAGGAGCUUUCAGAAGUCUUCAUGAAAACCCUGAACUACACAGCACGCUUCAGCCGCUUCAAAAACCGUGAAACUAUUGCUAGUGUCCGUAGUUUGCUGCUCCAGAAAAAGCUCCAUAAAUUUGAAUUGGCGUGUUUGGCCAACCUGUGCCCAGAGACAGCUGAGGAGGCAAAAGCUUUGAUUCCUAGCCUGGAGGGACGAUUUGAAGAUGAGGAAUUGCAGCAGAUUCUUGACGACAUUCAAACUAAACGCAGCUUCCAGUAUUAAGGUUAACCCUCAACCCCUUUACCUGAACAGCAGAACCUGGGAACUUGGAUUGUUUCCUCAGCCCUCUGGACCUAAGCAAGGGGACUUGUGGAUGCAGGGUGUUCCAGUGCUUGUCAUUCACAGGUGCAGUCAGGCUGGAGAUCAGGUAGUCCUGUUGGUUUGUUCCACACAUAUGUUGGUAAGGAUGCCUGGAUUGUGAGAGGAAAAGAACCUGAAAAAUUUUUACCAGUGUCCCAAGCAUUUGUUUUUCGUACAGUCCCUCUCCCACAUUCCAGAAUUUUCAAUGUGUUUCAGGUGUUUUUUUGUUUUGUUUUUUAACUAAAAGAAACUUGUUCCUGAAAGUUUAGUGGUGGGUGACAUCCAUUUCUGUGGGGUUUAUUUGUUUGUUUAUUUUUGGGGGGGGUUUGUGUUUUUUUUUUUUAAUUCUUUGAUCAGGACAGUGGAUUUUUGCAGCUUCAAUACUUUUCUAUUGCUUAGUGUAAAUUAAAAAAUAUUUCUAAUUAA